AUGCCGGGGGAACGCUUCAAUGUCAGGCUGGCGCCCGAGGAGGGUGGAUCGCCCGAGCCCGUGGUGGUAGAGGUGGGCCUGGAGGGCCUGAACCUCCUGGCCCCCGGAUCUGGACGGGCGCUCCGCAAGUAUCCAUUGCACCACAUCAGCCGCUGGUCCAUGCGGGGCAGCAGCCUGAUCCUGUUUGCCAAGAGCCCGGUGGACGUGGAGGACAGGACGGUGGUCCUGUCGGGGGACGAGUACACCAUUCGGAUGGCGGAGCUGCUGCAGAGCGGCCGCACCGUCCCCGGCACCUCGGACGGCGCCCUGGCCGCCUCCUCCCUCUCCAGCCUGCUGAAAAAGGCAAAAAAAACGGCGCUGCUCACCGCCGAUCAGGUGGAGUUCUGGCACGACCCGGAGAAGGCGGGCUGGAUGCACUCCCAGGGCGAGGUCAUCCGUACCUGGCGGAAGCGCUGGUUCGUCCUGAAGCAGGGCUUCCUGUUCCGCUUCUCCGGGCCGGACGUCACCGCCGCCAGCCGCGCGCGCGGCGUGGUGGACCUCUCCACCAUCACCGACGUCUGCGACGGCGGCCCAGCCACGGGCCGCCCCAACUCCAUCCGCCUGUCCACGGCCACCGGCAAGAUCUGCUACCUGGCCGACAGCGAGACCGCGCAGGUGGAGUGGCUGUCGGCGCUGGAGGGCUCCGUUGCGGCCAUCCUCCGGGUGCUGAGCGGGUGGGAGGAGGAGGCGGAGGAGGCGCCGGCCAGGGCACCGCGCGGCGGCCGCGGGCGCGCCGUCUCCUCUUCCGACCCGGGCAAGGCGCUGGAGGAGACGCUGCAGCGCAGCUUCGCUGCGGAGUCUGCUGCCGCGAAGGGGCCGGUGGGAGGCAGUGGGCGGCGGGCCGCCGCUCCGGGCAUGAUCAGCGUGGUCAACUAUGCCGGGCUCAGCGGCGGCAGCAGCAGGUCGGAGCCCGAGCCCCAGUACAUCAACGUCGACUAUGGGGCUGGCAUUGCAGGUGCCAGCCAGCUUCCAUCGAGCGGGGCCAGGUAUGGCGCACAGCCGUACGGAGCGGGGCCCUCGGGAGGAUACGGUGGCCACCAGGCCUACACUACGUCCCAGGGCUACGGGGAGGGCCCCGGGCAGCAUUGCGCCCCAGCCCGUCACGGCGCCCCGCCGCAGUACGAUCCCGCGCAGCACGGGGGCGUCCUGCAGCACGCUGGGCCCCAGCAGUACGAGGCGCAGCAGCAGCGGUAUGAGCCCCAGCAGCAGGUGCGGUACGACGUGCAGCAGACCACGCUGUUUGACGCCGCCACUGCGCCACAGGCUGCCCCCAACCCAGCACCGUCGGGACCUUGGCAAACUCACCACACGGCGGAGGGCAGACCCUACUUUUACAAUGUGGUCACAGGCAUCACGCAGUGGGAGACACCGGUGGCGUAA